AUGGAGAAGGUGCUCAACACCCUCAUUCAGCAAUUCAAUAAGACGAGGGAAUCACUAAAAGGUGUGCAGCUGAAGAUCAUCAACCAUUGCGACACAAAGGAGGAUAUUAUCCAAAACAUCCCCACCACUCCAUGCUACAUGAACUACAUUGUGUCCACUAAAGUCCUCCAAGAUGCUAAGAAGGCAGACGCCGACAUGCUAGACAUCAUCUCCAACAUGCAAGAGACCAUGGAGAAGACAAUCAUUGCCUACAAGAACAUGAUCAAACACCUCCUUGACGACUAG